CUGCCCGUGCGAGACCCCGGUAAACUUGACUGCCGCUCCUUAUCCUGGCCUCCUUUGAUCAGACCUGAUCUUUACAGGGUCACCAUCUUUAGAGAAGGCACGGCCACCAGGAUAAGGGUAAGCUGCUUAUCUCUCACCCAUCGCUCACAGAAGAUAAGUGCGAAUUGCAAAAUUUAGCUGCUAAUUAGAGAAGAAGAAGAAGAAGAAGAAGAUGAGCACGAGAGAGGAGAAGCAGAAAGUGGUGUGUGUGACUGGAGGGGCAGGUUACAUAGCUUCUUGGGUGGUCAAGCUCUUACUUCAGCGUGGCUACACUGUUAAAGCCACCAUGCGAGACCCAAAUGACCCAAAGAAGACAGAACACCUUCUGGCACUUGAAGGGGCUAAGGAGAGGCUGCAAUUAUUUAAAGCGGACUUGCUGGAAGAAGGGUCCUUUGACUCAGUAGUCAAUGGGUGCAUAGGCGUUUUUCAUACUGCAUCACCCGUCUUGCUCUCAGUUGCUGACCCCCAGGCUGAAUUAAUUGAUCCUGCCCUAAAAGGCACCCUUAAUGUUUUGCGGUCAUGUGCCAAAGUCUCUUCUAUCAAGAGAGUGGUGGUGACAUCUUCUAUUACUACGGUCUCAUUUAUUGCAAAACCUCUGACGUCUGGUGAUCUAGUUGAUGAGACUUGGUUUUCAGAUCCAGACUUCUGUGAGAAAUCUAAGCUUUGGUAUGUUCUCUCAAAAAUCUUGGCAGAGAAGGCAGCCUGGGAAUCGGCAAAGGAGAAUGAGAUUGACUUGGUCACGAUUAACCCAGGAAUUGUCAUUGGCCCUUUGCUGCAGCCCACUGUUAAUCUCAGUGUGGAGGUGAUACUGAACUUUGUUAACGGAGCGCAAACAUUUCCAAGUGAAUGCUAUUGUUUUGCCGAUGUCAGAGAUGUAGCGAAUGCACAUGUUCUAGCUUUUGAAAAUCCCUCCGCUUGCGGAAGAUACUGUGUAGUAGGAGAAGUCGCACAUUGUCAUGACGCCUUGAAGAUUUUGCAGAAUCUGCACCCAACAUUGCACCUUCCUGAUAAAUGCGAAGAUGACAAACCUUUCGCAUCGAAGUAUGAAUACUCAAGAGAAAAGGCAGAAGCUCUGGGUGUCAACUUCACUCCUUUAGAGAUCAGUCUAAGAGACACCAUUGAAUCUUUACGGGAGAAGGGGUUCAUCUCGGUCUAGGCACCUGCUUAAAAACAGCACGACACUAGCUGAUAAUUCGAGGUUCCUUGCUUUCUGUCCUCCGUCACAUCCCUCAUACUCAUAUGUGCAGAAUAACCUACGCACAUCCACUUUACGAAGCAAGUUUUACCGGUUGAAGUUUCUUCACGUGAUUUGUAGUCCGAUAUGACUUACAACUAGAAGUGUAGAAUAUCUGCAGAAAUCUCUAAAGACCUGCAUCUUCUUGGGGUAAUAUUGCGAAUGACCAAGUUGAGCUAGCAUUUUAUCGGACGCCCUCAUCUCCGGUGUACUCCCUUAGAAGCUACGUGGAAGAAAAAGAUGACUACGUACAUACCAUCUAAAACCAGAUCAGAUACUAAGAAACUAAGGAUUUACAAAGGGAGUGAAGUAUUUCUUUUCCAGGAGAAAGACAUCAGGGAAGACGAGAGAAAAUUGAAGAGAGGAAUCCAUUGGCCAAGGACAAAGGGAGAUUCCGCACCACUCGCUCCACGUUUGCCUCGUCCUUGUUAUGAAUCUUGCCGAGAAACGCGCAUGGCAACGCUGAAAGUAGUAUUCCUCUUGCUUGCCUUCCUUUUGAAAACAUUGUAUUGUUUCCUUAUUUAGUACAUAACCUUUUAUGUGUUUCA